GUUUGUUCACAUGAGAAAGACGUAAGAAAAAGUCAAGACGAUCGAUGGCAUCUCAAACCUGUUCAAGUCCUGUUAAAAGUUGUCAUAUGUGCGCAGUCAUCUAUAUUUUAAUACUGAUACCAAGUGUGCUGACAGACAGUGGGAAACUACAAACAGGUAGUGUUUACUGCAAAGGUGGUAAAUGUUCGUAUGUCGAUGGUGUUAUUGACAAGAAUGGAUCAACUGCCUUCGGUCAGUACAACGACACGCUGCUGACGACGGGAUGGGGCAUUCUCGACAUAUCUGCGGGUGUCGGACCGAAAACGGAUAACUAUGACAUCAUGUUUGGAGCGGGACUUCUUGAAGGAAUAUUCACAGCUGAGAGAAUUUAUCAACACUACCAGAACAUACGUGGAGUGUUCUUCAGCAAGAAAACAUCGGAUGUGGAGAUGAAAGUUCGUAAGUGGCUGUCGGAACAGGAUACCUGGCUGCGGACGAUGAUAAAGAAACACGGUUAUGAUGACCCGUUCUGGCGACAUGUCGGUUACAUCAUGGCUCAGUUUGACGGACUUGUGGAGGGUUACAAUGUCACCAUGGGAAAAGAUAAGGCUUUGGAUAUUUUUGCAUUUCAAGUUCUGAAUGGAGUUGGUGAUCUGAUUGAUCUUAUUCAUGUCGUUGCCCCGGAGACAUUCCCUGUUUGGUCGAAGAUGUCCAAGGCUGAAGCAAUGUCUUAUCUGGCCCAUCAAGGCCAUUGCUCAGCUCUUAUUAAAGUGAUGGGAGCAUAUGAAAAAUUCUAUAUGUCACACUCCAGCUGGUUUGCUUAUGCUGCUACCAUGAGGAUCUUCAAACAUUAUAACUUCAAUGUAGAUGAUCCAAAGACAAAUGCAAAGAGAUUAUCAUUUUCAAGUUAUCCUGGUUUCCUAGAAUCUCUUGAUGACUUUUACCUGCUUGGUAGUCAGAUGGUUAUGCUACAGACGACAAACUCAAUACUCGACAAAUCAUUAUAUAAACAUGUUAAACCCGAAUCUGUGUUGGCAUGGCAACGAGUGAGAACAGCAAACAUGAUGGCAAAUUCAGGCCAGGAGUGGGCUUUGACUGUGGCACAAUAUAACUCUGGCACUUACAAUAAUCAGUACAUGGUUAUAGAUCUUAAAAAGAUUUUCCUGGGAGAGAACAUCUUGGAUGGUGCAUUGUGGGUAGUGGAGCAGAUACCGACACUUGUUAAGUCAGGAGAUCAGACACAAAUUCUUAGAGCAGGAUAUUGGCCUUCCUAUAACGUUCCAUUCUUUGAAGAGAUCUAUAACAAAAGCGGCUAUCCACAGUUUGCUGAACGGUUCGGUGCAGAAAACUCUUACCAGAUGGCGCCACGAGCAACAAUAUUCCGCAGAGAUGAAGCCAAUGUUAUCGGCAUGGACUCUAUGAAGUAUAUUAUGAGAUAUAAUGAUUACACGAAAGAUCCCUAUUCACAAAGUAAUCCUUGCAACACAAUCUGUUGUCGAGGAGAUCUUGAAAGUAAGAAUCCCAGAGCGGAUGGAUGUUACGAUACCAAGGUGUCAGAUCUGAAAAUGGCAUUAGCAUUUACAGCUGAUAUUAUUAAUGGUCCCACUCUGGGCGACAACCUCCCGCCUUUCAAAUGGACAUCGGUGUUCAAUGAGUCUCACAUUGGUCUGCCAGAGACCUACAACUUCAAGUUCAUAACUACCUCUCCACUCUUCAAAGACGAUUGAAAAAGGUCCAGUUACAUCAAUAAAGAACAUUUCUCCACAUACCUGUAUAUGAUGCAUCUUCGAAGAAGAGUAUGGAUGAGGUGUGAUAAUUUUCAUAGUUAACCUUGAUUAAAAUAACGUCAUGUGGAAUUUUAAUGUAGCACUUGAGUGGCACCUGUUUGUUAAAAAUGUUUAUAACUUUUAAGUGUUUUAUAUAAAUGUAUUACAUCAACAGGAAAAAAAAUGUUUCUCUAUUAAUUACUAUGUGCGUAUUAUCUUUCAUGAUGAAUUAAUAGUUUGGCUGUGUAUUAAUUGCCUGAAAUACUAACAUAAUCCUUUUUACACUCUGUCACGUUUAACACUACAAACAACUCUAAUAAUCAUAAUUACAUGUUAAUGAUUCCAGUCGUCACAUAUAUCUUUGAGCUGAAAUAUGUUGUCAUCACUCUUGUGACCACUGACUAUCAAAAAAUGCCAAAAUUUGUUUUCCUCUUUUUUCUCAUCUUUAUGCCCUUUUUGUAUUAGAGUAAUUUUGACUCUGCUUUGACCAUGGCUCAACAUAAACUGCGAGAAGCUUGUUCAUGUUAGGUGCCUUUGAAAAAUCUGAGAAUUGUAAUUGGACCCAUAUUCACGAAAAGGUGUAAAGUUACGUCUACGACAAGCACUUACGUCUGCCGUAGAUUUACGUUUACAUGCAAGAAGCACCUUAUUCUCAAAGACGGUCGUAAACAUAAAUGUAACUUAGUUGGAUGUAAAUUUACGAUUGCAACUCUCUCACCUGAGAAAUUUUAAAAAAAGAUUUAGAAAAAUGUCUACCGGGUAAAUAACAAAUGCGCAAAGCACAAUUUCGUUUGUCGUCUGCUAACAGUAACAUCGCAAAUGGAGAACCAUGGCAUUUUGGUAUUGGUGAGGAUCUGCGUUUUGAUACAAACUUUAGGACAUUUUUAAAAAGGAAAAGAUAACUCAGGAGAAAUAUGGCUGAGUCGAAAACAUCCGUUCGAUCACAAACAAAAUAUAUGUUCAAUCCGUGGACGUUCGCCAUCACAAACUGCUUCAAUUAUUGGAAAUGUUGCUAUUUUCCGCAAAUAAUAGUAAAUAACUGCGAUCGUGCUUGAUUUAUUAUAUGUACACGACUUACGUGCAGAGUUAGUUGUAACAGGAGGCACUCUUAUAUUUACGUCCAACUUUACACGUAACUUACGUUUGUUUUUUCGUACAUAGCUCUUCAGUCGUAGAUUUACAUUUACGUGUAAAACUAGACUCCAGUUCUGUAAAGGUACCUCUAUGCUACAUUGUAUGUUGAAGAAUGCAAGCACUUAAAAAUUGUUUGACUGGUUCCAUCCUUUCACAUUGAUUUAACAUUAUUUGGUGCAAAAACAAGUUUAAACCUUUCACCCCAAAGUUGCUGCACUGUAUUACUGGUAUCCAUUAUGCUGAAGUCGUCUGUUUGAAAAUGGUUCUUAGUGCUGAAAGGGUUAAUGAAUGAACUCAGUGCUUGACCUCGUGGACAUGCAACAUGUACCUAUGCAAGACAAAAAUUAUAAAAUGUAUGGGUGGGGAAUAGGUAAGAGAGCAUUGCUUUUACACUUUUGUGAAAUUCUAAAAAAAUGCAAUGCACACUCUGGUAACAAAUUGAAAAUUCAGACCAUAACUAUUUAUUUAUUGAUUGAUUGAUCAAACCAUACUUUAUUGGAUUUUAAAAUGUACUAGGCCCUCUACAUUUUACGUAUAAUUUAUAAAGAUAAUUUUCAGUUACAUGUGUAAGUAGCCAGAUGAAAUAAAAUUUAAAAAUGAUAUGCAUGUCUUUCAGCAAUUUAAAACUUGUAUGGAUAUGCUGCAAGUGGUCUAGAAGGAGUCACAUCAUGCUAAUGAUAUGAAGAAUUUAUGUCAAUCACCUAUUUUAACCUGGACUUCAUUUUAAUGUUUUAAAGUGUAUUUGUAUUUGUUAUAUGUAUGUUAUAAAUGUUUUAGUUAACGCACAAUUUUUAAUUGACGAAUAUAUUCAUGAUUGUUAUAUAGAAUUUUUAAUAUUAAAAUUUGUUUUACUUGAUCGUUAGGAUUUCACUCGCUACAAACCACUGUGGCUGCAUACAUGUGUGUAUUAUGAAUUAUUUUUAUAUGUUUUAAAAUUUUAAAUUGACCUUUCAAAUUAAAGGAAAGGUUACAAUGUAAUAAACAUUUUGAUAUAAUGCUACAUAUAAUUUUAGCUAGUCGGUUACAAAUGACAGAAGGAAAGGGAGAGAAGGAAAGUGGAAGAAUGACUGAAUGUUUAAAGACACCAGCACAAACUGAAACUUGUACUGGAUGACAAACAAUAUCAUUAGAGGAUAUUGAAACCAGAGCCGUAUUAACGCAUAGGGAACAGCAAUAUGUUUGGGGGGGGGGGGGCGGGAUUUAAAUCGGAAUCUACUAGCUCUUUAAUCCAGAUCCAUUCGCCAAUUCUCCCACCCCCCCACCUCCCCAAGUAGCCUAGUAGAAUCUAAUUUUAUAUUAUGGUUUUGGAUGUGUGGAGUGGGCGGGGUGUGGGGGGGGGGUGUGGGUGCAGAAAAUAUCAGGUGUCCUAGGGUGUGCAAAUAUUCAAACAUGUCUCUGAUUAAAACAUUACUGUAGCCAUUGGACGUGAUUUUAAAAGAAUGAAUUAUGGACAUUUUUCAAUAUGUCUGGCUCUAUACUGUAUACAGACAUACAUGUAAAUAUGUUGAUCUGAAUGAAUGAAUGUUUAACGACAUCCCAGCACAAAAAUACACAUCGGCUGUUGGGUGUCACAAAUGGUAAGUAUAUAAAAAUAUUUAUAUAUGUGUUGAUCUAAAAAGCCAGUAGACGCUAGUAAUAGGGAGAUGUAAUUAAUUAUUAGUCCUAUAAAGGCUGCAAAUAAAGCAGGGUAAAAUUUGUAACUACAUGUAUACUAACUGGGACAGGACCUAGCUUAGUCAGUAGAGUGAUCGCUUGAGGUGCCAUAGUCAUGGGGUUCAACCCUCUUGGUGAACCCAUUGUUUUUGUUUUUGUUUUUGUUUUUGUGUUCUAACCAAUUACCCACCUGUCUGUGAUAAAAUGCAUAUAAAAGAUCCCUUGUUGCUAAUGGAGAAAUGUAGUGGGUUCCCUCUGAUGAUUGAUUUAGAAGUUUUUUAAUGUGAUAUCCAGUAUCCAAUAAUUAAUUAAUUACUAUGCUCUAGUAUGUCAUUAACUAAAACACAUUAAUGUUUCAUGUAUACUUUGUGUAUAUACAUGUAAGCCACAUAAUAAAUGUAUACUGUGCUGUGUUAUCGUAUGUAUACCUGUAUGUAUAUACUUCAUUGUGUUCAUACACCGAACUGGCAUUAUAAUAAUACUGGUAAUUUAAUCUGGUAAUGUAAUAACUGUUAUUGCAGUUUUUAUAAAGGUAUUCCUUUACCUCGUCUCUAAAUCUUCGAGUGAGAAGAGAUUUCUCACUGAAUGUUGCUCAAGCUUAAACCUUUAAUAUGUUAUAUUAAUAGCAUUGAAUUUUAUGAAUGUGAUACAACUACCGGUAAUAGUAUGGGUGGAAUGAUGUGAAUACAUGGUGAAAAGGUUUUAGGCCAGCUCAUUGGGCCUGAAUAUCCUUUCUGGCCAGAUUUGCUCCGUAUUCUUAUUUUUGUAUGCAAGUGUUAAAUCAAUAUUUUAUUAUUUUAAAAUGAAACUGUCCAUGUUUUAACCAUGUCACACUACAAAGCUAGCCAUACCGUUAAUAUUUUGUCUCUGAAAUGUAUAAAGAUAUAUAAUGCAAUUUUAUUAUGCUUUAAGCAUAUACAUGUAUCAUAUAUGUUGUGUACCAUGAUUCGUAUAACUUUUAAAUACCAUGAUUCGUAUAACUUUUAAAUACCAUGAUUCGUAUAACUUUGAAAUACCAUGAUUCGUAUAACUUUUAAAUAUAAAUAAACUGUAUUAUAUUCAUUACAUUCAAA